ACUGUUCAAUAAACAAAAAGAACCGCAAGUCCAAGUGCCAUAAAAGGAAAGUGCAAUAACCGUGCAGCAUUGGCGCAGCGAACGAAGAGAGGAAGAGAUAGAGAGAGAUCGGAAUAAGGAAGGAAGGAAGAGGAGAAAAGAACAAAAUGCUGCUGUUCUAUGCAAAAUAUGUGUUUAUCUUCUGGGUGCUCAUGGCAAGCUAUCGAGGCAACAUGAUGCUCAUGCGCCAGCUCUCCGAGGAUGAGGCGCUGCUCAAUUUGACCGCCUGCUCCAAGCACUGCCUGAUUAAAAUGCCGCAAAAGAACUUUACUGCCUGCUACGAAUACUGUAAGAACGACAAUUCCAGCGAUUUAAUGCCGACACGAGUACGUAAGAUACAGGAGAAUUUCCUUUUGAAGCUCGUCUGCCGCACGGAGUACAACUUGACAUUCCGCAUCAAUUGGGUGCAGCAUGCGCGGCACAACACCACACAAAGUGCGCCAGAUGCCAUGUUUAUCAUCAGAAUCGAUGCAAAAUUAACUGGUUUGGAAUCCAUUCUCUAUUUGUCAGAUGACAGUUUCUUUACCAUACCCGAGCUGGAAUCAAAUACUACGUAUAAUGUUACGGCGCUGGCUGUGCACGCCGAUGGCGCCUAUUCGCUUAUAGCCAUCGAGGAGGGCUUUCAAACAUUGAGGCGUGGCUAUCAGCCCAGCAAAAUGGGCGAGGUUAGGCUGAGAAAAUUUCAAGAGCAGCCCGACAAUUUGCGGCGCAUCGCAGCCGUGGUUGAAUGGCAGCCGUCAGCAGAACGAAACUGUUACUUUGAUAUGAUAUACUAUUCAACGGAUAGCCAAAGCAUGGAGGCGCCCACUCCAGUUCAUUUUCGUGAUCCCCGCCAGCUGUAUACCUAUACAAUACCCAAUAUGGAAUUUGGUGAGCACUUCAGGAUUGGUGUGCGUACAGUUAAUGACAAGAAUAGCCUGGAGAGUCCAGUGCAGUGGCUCAUACUGCAGGCGCCCAGCUGCUUGGAUUGGUUUGAUUACAACUAUACGCUCUGCGCUCCACUCAAGCCGAGCAACGUAAGCGUCCAGCAGCAGCAUUUUGAUCAGGAUGUGUUGGCCUUAAAUAUCAGCUGGUCACCGCCGCGAUAUCUGCCGGAUUACUAUACGCUGUACAUACUCGAUCUGCACACGGACAGCGAACAGGCCAAGUACACAGUGGAGGGCAAUGCCAGCCAUUUCUAUAUAUCCAAUAUAACUGUGCUGGGUGCCAACUUUGAGGUGCAUUUGGUGGCGCACACACGUGGCGGCCAGAAUGCCUCCAUGCAGUUUUUGAGCAAGGCACCGCUGGAGGUUUGGAUGAAAGAAAGCAGCCUGAUUAAGUUAAUACUCUUCCUUGUUGUGCCCGUCUGUUGUAUACUCGCUUUGUGCUCAAUGACGCUGCGCAAGCACAGGCGCCAACAGGAGUGCCAGAAGCUGGAGACCAAGGAGCUCAAGUCAGCGCCCAAUCAGGCUGCCGAUUUUCAUCUUUCAUUAAUCAACAGCAGCAGCCUGUUGGCCACGCUCGCCACCGAAGAUAACUUUGAGCUCGAUGAUGAACUGGAGGUGGAGCCACAUGCUGUGCUGCUGCAGGAUGUAUUGGGCGAGGGCGCCUUUGGCCUGGUGCGCCGCGGCGUCUACAAGCAGCGUCAGGUAGCCGUCAAGCUGCUCAAAGACCAGCCCAAUGAGGAGGAUGUGCAGGCUUUCAAGUGCGAAAUACAAAUGCUGCGCGCCGUCGGCAGGCAUCCAAAUAUUGUUGGCAUUGUGGGCUACUCGACCAGGUUCAGCAAUCGCAUGAUGCUGCUCACCGAGUACUGCGGACUGGGAAGCCUGCAGAGCUUUCUACGCGACGAAUGGAAGUUCCAGCAGGAGCGCAGCGUUCAGGACAUGCGACUUAAGCUGAACCCAGCAAAGCAGCCGCAACCACUGAAGACAACGCAUCAGCAGCGCGCCAGACAUCUCCUGUAUAAUGACACACGCAUUGAGGAUAUUAAUGGCUCCAUGUUGUCCACACUAGAGGAGGAAUCCGAAACGGAUCUCUCGCGAAACAGCAGCCACCUCGAUAGCUACAACUUGACCAAGGCAACGCAUGCUGCAGACAACAAAUCCUAUGGACUGCAUGAGAUUGAGAAUAUUGAUGCGAAUGCGGCAGCCGUAUGUCCGAAGACCAUAUUGAAGCGCAACCAAAACGAGCAGCCACCUGGUAGGAGCUGCACGGUAAGCUUCGAGAACAGGGAGUACUUUGACCCACCUGCAGCUAAUGAACAAAUGGAGAGGCAGCCGCUCAAGUAUGCCGAUCUGCUGGACAUUGCACAUCAGGUGGCCGUAGGCAUGGACUUUCUGGCACAGAACAAGAUUGUGCAUCGGGAUUUGGCGGCGCGCAAUGUGCUCAUCUCAUCGGAUCGCACCAUUAAGAUAGCGGACUUUGGCCUCAGCCGUGAUGUCUACCAUGAGAAUGUCUAUCGUAAAUCCGGCGGCAGUGGCAAGCUGCCCAUCAAAUGGCUCGCACUGGAGUCGCUAACCCAUCAGGUGUACACCAGUCAGAGCGAUGUCUGGUCCUUUGGCGUGCUGCUCUAUGAGAUCACAACGCUGGGUGGUAUGCCGUAUCCUUCAAUUUCACCCAGAGAUUUGCUGCAGCUGCUGCGUCAGGGACAGCGCAUGAGACGACCCGACGGUUGCACAGAUGAAAUGUUCGCACUGAUGGAAAGCUGCUGGUGCUCCGUACCCGGCAAUCGACCCACAUUCGCCGAGCUUAAGCAGCGUCUGGAUAACAUGAUAGUGGCCACCAAGGAGGUACCACUGCGUCUGCUGCAGCAAUCAAAGCAACGAAAUCUGCAGACCAACGAGCAAACAGACAAUGCGCAUAGCAAAGUGGAGCAGCUGCCGCCAGAUGAUGGAACGUACCUACAGCCUUUGCCGUAGCUUGUGCGCAAAUGAGGGAUAUUUGUUAUAAAUUUUUUCCUUAGUGCAAUACCUUUUAAGUAAUUAGUUAGAUUUGUGUGUAGCUUAGGGGUUUUAAUUCAAUUUAAACAACUAACAAUGCUGAAAAGCUGCAAAGAUUUUGAAAUAUAUAAUAAGAAUUUGUUGAAACCCAAAGUUUAACUUGUGAUAAUGCUUCCAAUCUAAGAUUC